CUGGGAAGAUGGCGGCGGCGGCGGCGACAGUCGGGGCCGGUUUUGCGAGUGCGGAUUUCUCCGACCUGCGAGAAAUUAAGAAGCAGCUGCUGGACGUGGCGGAGCGGAGCCGAGAACGCGGCCUGCAGCAUAGUGGGAAAUGGGCCUCAGAGCUGGCUUUUGCCCUGGACCCUCUGCCCUUGAAUGAGCUGCCUCCUGCACCCGCACUCACAGAGGAAGAUGCCCGUGAUUUGGAUGCUUACACCCUUGCUAAAUCUUACUUUGAUCUGAAAGAAUAUGACAGGGCUGCUUACUUUCUCCGGGGCUGCAAGAGCCAGAAGGCUUAUUUCCUGUAUAUGUACUCCAGAUAUCUGUCAGGUGAAAAAAAGAAGGACGACGAAACAGUGGAUAGUCUGGGUCCUUUAGAGAAGGGACAGGUGAAGAAUGAAGUUCUAAGGGAGUUACGGGUAGAGCUUAGCAAGAAACACAAAGCCCGAGAGCUGGAUGGAUUUGGCCUGUAUCUGUAUGGAGUUGUGUUGCGAAAGCUGGACCUAGUGAAAGAGGCCAUUGAUGUGUUUGUUGAAGCUACCCAUGUUUUGCCGUUGCACUGGGGGGCCUGGCUGGAGCUUUGUAACUUGAUCACAGACAAAGAAAUGCUGAAGUUCCUGUCCUUGCCAGAUACCUGGAUGAAGGAGUUCUUCCUGGCACACAUCUACACGGAGCUGCAGCUGAUAGAGGAGGCCUUGCAGAAGUAUCAGAGUCUUAUUGAUGCUGGAUUUUCCAAGAGCACCUAUAUUAUCUCUCAGAUUGCAGUGGCCUAUCACAAUAUCCGAGAUAUUGAUAAAGCUUUGUCCAUCUUCAAUGAACUAAGAAAACAAGACCCUUACAGGAUCGAAAAUAUGGACACCUUCUCCAAUCUGCUAUAUGUCAGGGGUAUGAAGCCUGAAUUGAGCUAUUUGGCUCAUAACCUAUGUGAGAUAGACAAGUACCGUGUUGAGACGUGCUGCGUAAUAGGGAAUUACUAUAGUUUGCGCUCUCAGCAUGAGAAAGCAGCACUCUACUUCCAAAGAGCAUUGAAGCUGAAUCCUAGGUAUCUUGGAGCAUGGACCCUCAUGGGGCAUGAAUACAUGGAGAUGAAAAACACCUCAGCAGCUAUUCAGGCAUACAGACAUGCCAUAGAAGUGAAUAAAAGAGACUACAGAGCAUGGUAUGGACUGGGUCAAACCUAUGAAAUCCUCAAGAUGCCAUUUUACUGCCUCUAUUAUUAUCGACGAGCCCAUCAACUCAGACCGAAUGAUUCCCGUAUGUUGGUUGCACUUGGAGAAUGUUAUGAGAAAUUAAAUCAGCUAGAAGAAGCCAAAAAGUGUUAUUGGCGAGCAUAUGCAGUAGGAGAUGUGGAAAAAAUGGCACUGGUGAAACUAGCAAAGCUUCACGAGCAGUUGAAUGAAUCAGAGCAAGCUGCUCAGUGCUAUAUCAAAUACAUCCAAGAUAUCUAUUCUUGUGGGGAAAUAGUGGAGCACCUGGAAGUGAGCACUGCCUUCCGCUACUUGGCUCAGUACUACUUCAAGUGUAAACUCUGGGAUGAAGCCUCAGCCUGUGCCCAGAAAUGUUGUGCGUUCAAUGAUACAAGAGAAGAAGGAAAGGCCCUCUUGCGGCAAAUCUUACAGUUACGAAAUCAAGGGGAGACAUCGUCCACAGAGAUUGCCACGCCCUUUUUACUUCCUUCUUCACUAUCUGCGAACAACACUCCAACACGUCGUGUGUCACCACUGAACUUGUCUAAUAUUACACCUUAAACUGUGCCUGCCUCGCUAAGCUGGCCUAUCUUGAAAGGUAAUCCAGCUGGAACCUGGAUUUUUCCUUUUAAUAGUACCACUAUAGGGAGGGUUCUGUAUUCAGUGCUGCCUUCUUUGGAAGGCUGAACGUUUAUAAUUCAUUCUUGGGGCUAGCUAUCGUACCGCACCUGUCAAAGAUGUUGGUUCAAUUUAUAUAUUGAGUGAGCUGACUCCACGCUAAUCUUCAUCCAUUUUCUCUUCUUACUAGUACAAUCUCAGUGUAAGAAAAGAACACGUCUUUCUAUACAGCAACAUUUUUGGAAUUGAUAUUCUGCCCCUUUUCUCUUCACUGCAUUCCUUUUUCCAGUGCGUCAUAACAUGAAGGUUGCCAGUGUGUUAAUUAGAAAGCAUCUUAGGAGGCUACUGAUCCCAUCCUUUUGCUUUUAACUUUGAGCAGCACAGCUGCCUUGGAUUAAGAUUUUGUUUUCAUUGAUGGUGUUAUGCAAGCUAGUAACAGAGUGGUGAUGAGACUAUCAUCUGUGUUUAAACCAACAGUGCUGUGUUGUCGCUGCUUUUCCAUAUCUACUGGCUCUAAGAACAACAAUUACUUUUUGAAAGGAAAGGCAAAACACCUAUUUGUUUUUUGUUGCUCAGGAAUAAGGCAGAGCUAUUCCUUAGGAGGAGCUCUUCUUCAGUUCUUUGAACUAGGAGCUAGUAUGCUGUAAAGAGGUGUCCUAGUGGGAUGCAGUUUAAACAUUGAAUAUGAACUUGUAGCUUAAAUUUAUGGUUGUGAUCAAUUUUAGGUGUGAUAAAGAACAUCAACGGGCUAGCUUAUGCCAAUGAUGUAAGAACUCAAGGGAAGCAGAAUGAGGACUCAUUUUUUUUGUUUAAGCAGGUAAUACGAUCAACCAGACUUAAAUUCUACUUCCAUCAUUAAAUUGUUUUUAUCUGCACAUCUCGUCACUUAUUUCAGUAAAAUGUAGAACAGUGGCUUCCCUUGUACAGCAGAGACGAUGGGCGGCAGCGUUCAUGUUUUGUAACUGAUUUUUCUUACCCUUCCAACGGCAUCAGGAUGGUAGAAAGAGCCCUCUGAGGUAGGCUAAUCAGUAUGCAUUAGCUCUUUAAUGAGCUGCAUACUUGAGCAGGUGUUUUGAGCCAGUUGUUGUGGCUUUAUGUCCAACACUGUACCUACCCAAUGUGCCUCAAGUGUUAGAUGUAUUCAUCACUGAAGGCCAAAGGACAUAAUAGUUUGAAACAAGACAAUUCGUGAAUAACAAUCGCAGAAGAAAAAUUGUUUUCUAAAACACUGUCAUGUUAAUGUAAUCAAAAUGACAACAUCCCAAACUUCUCUACCUGUAUUCAUUUUUGGCUGCUCCUUGCUGUAACGUUCAUAGAGACUGAUGCAAAACACAAACAUCUUCUGUAAAAGGGUCAUAUCUCCAUUUAGAAUAUCUUUCGCAGGUUGGAGAAAUUGUAAAUCAGGGCUGGAUAAUGUGUGGCCCUCCAGACAUUUUGGCUUUCAACUCCCAGCAGCCAUAUCCAGCACACCCAAUGGUUUGGGCUCAUGUGAGUUGAAGCCUUCUAGACGUUUCAGCCUACAAAUUGCCCAGUGCCUGUGGUAGACGUUUAGUGUGAGGGGUGCAUGCAAGUCAUACACUAUUUUCUUAAUUGGUGUCAUCCUUUAGAAGGUAGUGUAAUGUGCCCUUUACCAUUUUGUAAAGGUAGUGCUGCAAAUCUUGAGUUGAUGACUGAACCAGCAGCUAAUAAAUU